AUCGGAAAUGUCUUACCUACAAGAAACGUUUGAAGAACGCUGUCACACCACAGGAGCACCAAGUCACCUUUCGUUUUUCACCGCAUCAAUAUCGAUUCUACUUUUAGUUACAAAUAUCCCUGGGAACCUCCUUCUAAUCCUUGCUGUAGCCUUUGAUCCUCAUAAAAACCUCCGGAGCCCGUUUAACUAUCUCAUGUCAAAUCUAGCCGUCGCUGACCUCAUAGUUGGUUUAGUGACUGGACCGUUGUCAGUCAACUAUCAUAUUAAGGAAGGUCUGUAUGGGCGGCUAUCUAUUGGGGAAAUCAGACUGUUUCAUAUGAGUUACUUUGUGUCAUGCACGGCGAGUAUUCUGAGCCUUGCGUCACUGGCAACCGAACGGUACCUCGCUAUGAGAAAUCCCCACAACUAUCGCAACAAGUUAACCCGAAAGAGAAUCCUCAUGACCGUCAUUUUAAUAUGGCUCGUAUCCUUCACACUACCUUUCAUAUAUUUUGAAGUGGGGUCUAUAACUUGUGCAUUUAUACUGGCAAACACUGCAGUCUUUCUAGCUCUUGGUAUCAUGUGUUUCACUUACGGUCUGAUGAUAUACAAAUUCAAAACCUAUAAAACUCGUAUCCAGAGCGCGCAGAAGGCAAAAAAGAAAAAUAAUGAUCUGUGUUGCGUGGUCAGUAAAGAUUACCAGGACAACAGUAGGCAUGGUGAAAAGACGAAUAGACACGACGUCAUCAGCAACGACAACGACUGUCGCCGUGACAACACGGUUCGCAUGGAAACCAAAGUCACAAAAAUGUUUCUGGUUGUCAUGGCAGCAGUGCUUGGCUGCUAUGGUCCUUCCGCCAUAUUUAUUUACACGAUGAGUUUUUGCGAAACAUGCAGCUGUGAGGCUUUGCACUGGUUUAGAGAUUUGCAGUUCUUGUUUGUGCUUCUCAAUUCGUCUGUGAAUUUCUUUUGCUAUGGUUUAAGGUCGCGAAGGUUUCGGAAGGCGUUUGCAACAAUCUUGAGGUUACCAAAUUUGCAGGAAAUUCCAUGA